AGUCGCACACACCCCCUCCGCCUCUCGCGCCGGCAGUUCUCAGCCGACGCCGCCUCCGCUUCAAGCUCUCCGGGCUGCGCCGGCUCCGGCUCCCGGAGGGGUCAGAAAAGGGUUCCGGAUGAUGGUGGCGGGGUCCAAGAGACCAGGCGUAUAAGCUGGCCGGCGUCAUGGAGGCGGAGCAGAGACCGGCGGCGGGGGCCAGCGACGGGGCGACCCCCGGGCUGGAGGCAGAGCCUCCCACUGCCCCGGCGACUGCGACCGUGGGCUCUGGUCCGACCACCGGGUCUGGACCUGAGCCCAAGAGGAGGCAGCUCAGGACGCUGCUCCAACCCACCGUCAACAAGUUCUCCCUUCGCGUGUUCGGCAGCCAUAAAGCAGUGGAAAUCGAGCAGGAACGGGUCAAAUCAGCGGGGGCCUGGAUUAUCCACCCCUACAGCGACUUCCGGUUUUACUGGGAUCUGAUCAUGCUGCUGCUGAUGGUGGGGAACCUCAUCGUGCUGCCUGUGGGCAUCACCUUCUUCAAGGAGGAGAACUCCCCGCCCUGGAUCGUCUUCAAUGUCCUUUCUGACACUUUCUUCCUGCUGGACCUGGUGCUCAACUUUCGCACAGGCAUAGUGGUGGAAGAGGGUGCCGAGAUCCUGCUGGCACCGCGGGCUAUCCGCACACGCUACCUGCGCACCUGGUUCCUGGUUGACCUCAUCUCCUCUAUCCCUGUGGACUACAUCUUCCUGGUGGUGGAGCUGGAGCCACGACUGGAUGCGGAGGUCUACAAGACAGCUAGAGCGCUGCGCAUUGUGCGCUUCACUAAGAUCCUUAGCUUGCUACGGCUGCUCCGCCUCUCCCGCCUCAUCCGAUACAUCCAUCAGUGGGAGGAGAUCUUUCACAUGACCUAUGACCUGGCCAGCGCUGUGGUUCGCAUCUUCAACCUCAUUGGGAUGAUGCUGCUGCUGUGUCACUGGGAUGGCUGUCUGCAGUUCCUGGUCCCCAUGCUGCAAGACUUCCCUCCUGACUGCUGGGUCUCCAUCAACCACAUGGUGAACCACUCGUGGGGCCGCCAGUAUUCCCACGCCCUGUUCAAGGCCAUGAGCCACAUGCUGUGCAUUGGCUAUGGGCAACAGGCGCCCGUGGGCAUGCCCGAUGUCUGGCUCACCAUGCUCAGCAUGAUCGUGGGUGCCACGUGCUACGCCAUGUUCAUCGGCCAUGCUACCGCCCUCAUCCAGUCACUCGACUCCUCCCGGCGCCAGUACCAGGAGAAGUACAAGCAGGUGGAGCAGUACAUGUCCUUCCACAAGCUGCCAGCUGAUACUCGGCAGCGCAUCCAUGAGUACUAUGAGCACCGCUACCAAGGCAAGAUGUUCGAUGAGGAAAGCAUCCUAGGCGAGCUGAGCGAGCCGCUUCGGGAGGAGAUCAUUAACUUCACCUGCCGGGGCCUCGUGGCCCACAUGCCGCUGUUCGCUCACGCUGACCCCAGUUUCGUCACGGCAGUGCUCACCAAGCUGCGCUUUGAGGUCUUCCAGCCGGGGGACCUCGUGGUGCGUGAGGGCUCCGUGGGCAGGAAGAUGUACUUCAUCCAGCACGGGCUGCUCAGUGUGCUGGCGCGUGGCGCCCGGGACACCCGCCUCACUGAUGGAUCCUACUUUGGGGAGAUCUGCCUGCUGACUCGUGGCCGACGCACAGCCAGUGUGCGGGCUGACACCUACUGCCGCCUCUACUCACUCAGCGUGGACCACUUCAACGCCGUCCUUGAGGAGUUUCCCAUGAUGCGCCGGGCCUUCGAGACUGUAGCCAUGGACCGACUGCGCCGCAUCGGCAAGAAGAAUUCCCUACUGCAGAGGAAGCGCUCUGAGCCAAGCCCAGGUAGCAGUGGAGGCAUCAUGGAGCAGCACCUGGUGCAACAUGACAGGGACAUGGCUCGAGGUGUUCGGGGCCUGGCCCCGGGCACAGGAGCUCGGCUCAGUGGAAAGCCGGUGCUAUGGGAACCACUGGUGCAUGCACCCCUGCAGGCAGCUGCUGUGACCUCCAAUGUGGCCAUUGCCCUGACUCACCAGCGAGGCCCUCUGCCCCUCUCACCUGAUUCUCCAGCCACCCUCCUUGCCCGCUCUGCUCGCCGCUCAGCAGGCUCCCCAGCCUCCCCCCUGGUGCCUGUUCGAGCUGCUCCUCUGCUGGUCCGGGGCCCAUGGGCAUCCACCUCUCGCCUGCCUGCCCCACCUGCCCGAACCCUCCAUGCCAGCCUGUCCCGGGCUGGGCGCUCCCAAGUCUCCCUGCUGGGCCCUCCCCCAGGAGGAGGUGGAAGGCGGCUAGGACCUCGGGGCCGCCCACUCUCAGCCUCCCAACCCUCUCUGCCUCAGCGGGCAGCAGGGGAUGGCUCUCCUGGGCGGAAGGGCUCAGGAAGUGAGCGUCUACCCCCCUCAGGGCUCCUCACCAAGCCUCCAGGGACAGCCCAGCCCCCCAGGCCACCAGUGCCUGAGCCAGCUGCCCCUCGGGGGCCCCAGCUCUCUGCCAAUAUGUAAAACCCUAGGGCACUGCCAGCCUUAGCUCUCGGGGUACAGUAGUGUGUGCCUAGGGGCAGAUACCUCUUGGGAAGGCAAAGGGGACCUGAACUAUUGCCCUAUAGGAAGGUCUCUCCUCACUGCCAGGAAGAUGGAUCUCUGUAUCCCUAUCAGGCCCCCUGUAGCCUGACAUCCUCUUAAUCCACUCAUCUGUUCAUCACAUGGACUGAGUUCCUGCCAUGUUCCAGGCACUGUGCCAGGCUCUGUAUGUCUCUACUGCCAAAUAGAAAUGAUUCCAUACCCUCUGCUGAGGGUAUACCCCUGGCCAUGGCCCUGCCAGGUGCAGUUUCAGGCCCAUGAUCCCACCUUUACUAAGCACAAGUCCCUGCCACCGCCAUCACUGCCAAGUAACUAGAUGUCUCUCUGUUUCCAUUGUGGGCUUACCCUGCCUACAACCCUGCAAGUUCUGCCCGGCACAGGUAAUCUUCCUCUCCCCCUAAUACAGCCUGGCACUGCCAACUACCUGUGUCCCCAUCGCUGUCAAGAACAAAUGUCCUGGGUCCUUAGCUUCCACCUUUGCCCUGUCACUGUUAUCUGUGGACCCUCCCUGUCUAUACCCUCUGAGUGGGGACACACGUAUCUCCUGCCAAGUUCCCCAUAGUCUCUCUUUGUGGUAGAAAUGUCUUUUUGUAAACUGAGAGUCACCACCUCCCUCUGCCCCCAGCCCCCUGGAGCUAGGGGAUAAUUGGCCUGUCUUUAUUUAGUGUGAGAGCCUAGAUCCCCCCAGGUGGGGGCAAGUGGCUGUAUCCUUAGAUGACAUUUUUUUCCUUC